CCCCCACAACAUGCUUCUCCUCCCAGCGGCUGCUCUGUGCUGCCUGUGUUCAGCGCUGGUUGCCACAGCAGCAGAGCUGACUCAGGACCAGUUGUCUUUGACCAGUAGAGAUGGUGGAGAGGCCUCGUUCAGCUGUGGAGGAACUGAUCAGCGUCAAUACAUAUUCUGGUUUCAGAAGAAAGACACAGGAACGUUCAGACCGAUUCUUGAUAUUAGUAGAAGUGGUUAUAUUGAUAGGGGUUACAAUCAUCCUCAGAAAGACGACUUCACAGCUGAGAGACAUCAGAACAGCUGUGAUUUGAAGAUAAAGAAAGUUAAACCCUCUCAUGCAGCCACGUACUACUGCGCCUGUCGGAACUAUCCAUACCCCACAGUGAUACAUGGUGUGUGCAGCCUGAACAAAAACCAGUAUGAGGAGCAGUGGGAGAGAGAAGUAAACCACAGCGUCACAUGUCUCCCCUCCACCGACAGCUGCUCUCCACCUUCUGUUCUAGAGACUCGUACCUUCAGCCACGUCUCCGCAGUCUCUUUCACUGUGUGGUUCAUCUUCGGCUCAGGAACCAAAUUGUUCGUAACUGAUCGGCCGGUGGUGACUCCGGUGGUGAGCGUGUACCCGGCAGCUUCCAUAGCCGCCCUGGACGGGAAGAGCUCCCUGCUGUGUGUGGCCUCCAACAUGGUUCCUCCUCUGGUCCAGUUCUCCUGGACAAGACAGAGGGAGGGUGGUCCUCUGGAGACGCUGUCCUCUGAUGAUGGAGAGCAGCUGGAGCUCAGAGGGGCAGGACACACCGCCGCCAUCAUGGUGGUCGACCGGCACGUUUCCUACAAAUACAACUACAGCUGCCACGUCAGGCAUGAGGGAGGUGCAGUGGAGGCCCCGGCAGAGCAAGAGGUUUUUGCUAAUCCAGCACCGACGCCUCCAGCACCGACGACUCCAGCACCGACGACUCCAGCACCGACGACUCCAGCACAGACGCCUCUGGUGGCCUGGGCCUGGUCUCAGCGGCAGGUGAAGCUGCUGUGGCUGCUCUACACGCUGCUGAUGGUGAAGAGUCUGGUUCACUGCGGUGGACUCGCUCUGAUCCACAUCCUGAGGAACAGGGAGCGUCCAGCCGCUGCUCACCAGACCACGGAGUUUCCUGCAGCAGCUUCAACUUCUCACUGACUCCUGUUCACUUCACUCUGCUUCUCUUUCACUGCAAACAUUCAUCUGAACUGUAACUUUGCAAAGUAUCAAAUAAAGAUUUUAUUCUGAAAACAUUAAACAUAAAAAUAAAACACAUCUCAUCUCCUUUA